UUUUGAUUCUUAGGCACGUCCCUCCCAACCCAGCAAUGCGACCGUCAUGGAUCAUCGCCCUCUUGAUCGCUUCUUGCGGACUCAUCCUCUUGCUCAAGGAGAACUCCUCUUCUUUCAAUCUCUUCCUCCUCUCCAAUCUUCGUCCCAGGACGCCUGAGGAUCUCAUCGCCAUCCGGGAAGCCAUCGCCAGCUACCAGGUCCCUCCCAGAGUCGACCCAAACCGCGCCCUCUCCAGAAUCCCCCGGAUCCGAAACUCCACCAGCGACGCUUUGCCACCGCCCAGCUGCCUCAAGCUUCCCUCCAACGGGAUCGACGACGAUUGCUGGAACGCUCUCCGGCGGGAUCAGUAUCUGCGCACCCUGGACGAGCGCUACCAAUCCCCGGACGAGGAGCUGGAGCGAUUCAAACCCAACUCCAACUGGCAGAUCUUCGAUUUGAUCACGCCCACGUACCACUGCGACGCGAACUCCCUGCAGAGGAUCGGAGCUUCCGGCGAUGGCGGCAAGUGGCUGUGCGGGCCGAUCCGAGUCCUCGGCCCCAAGUGCGUGGUCUUCUCGCUGGGAUCGAACAACCAGUUCGACUUCGAGGAGGCGAUCCACGCACACACGAAUGGCGAGUGUGAGAUCCACACUUUCGAUUGCACGGGGGAGUGGUCCAACCCAAAGACGAGCUUCCAUCCGUGGUGUCUAGGGGGAUUCGAUGGAAAGGAUGAAAAUGGGAGGACUUUCAAGAGGCUGAGCACUGCCGCGAGAGAGAUUGGAGUGACGAGCAUCUCGCUGCUCAAGAUGGACAUCGAGCAUGGCGAGUAUGAGGUGUUUGAGGGGUUUAAAUUCGAGGAGGAGGAGUUCUUGCCUGACCAGAUCCUGUUUGAGCUCCACACACUGUUCUACCCGACGAAAACGAGCAAGCACAAGAGCGAUUGGCCUCGAACGAUCAUGGAUCUUGUUCGAGACAUCGAUGAGAUGGGCUAUAGCUUUGCAUUCCAGGAGAAGAAUCUCUUUUGCCCGGCUUGCAGCGAGUACGUUAUUGUACGGGACCGAAAAAAGCUGAAGAAACGGUCGUUGUUUCAUUGACUAAAAUUCGAGAAUGGACAACAGAUUAAAAGAUAAUGCUCAAAUUUAUUGCUCAAUUCUAAUAAUUUUUUUU